AUGAAUAGACUUUCAUUUAUUAAAACGCCUUUCAACAUAGCAGCGAAAUGGAGGUUAGAAGAUACUUUUCUGCUCAUCAUAAUGGUAUUACUUAAUUAUCCGGUAUAUUAUCAGCAGCCAUUCGAACGUCAAUUUUACCUUAAUGAUCUCACUAUAUCACAUCCUUAUGCGACAACUGAACGUGUCAAUAACACCAUGUUGUUCGUUUACAGUUUUAUUGUGCCAUCGUUGACUAUAUUGAUAAUUGGUUCCAUCUUGGCCGAUAGAAGACAUUUGCUUUUUAUUUUGUACACAUCUCUCCUUGGUUUAUCACUCGCUUGGUUUAGUACAAGUUUCUUCACAAACUUCAUCAAGAAUUGGAUUGGAAGACUAAGACCAGAUUUUCUAGAUCGUUGCCAACCUCUUGAAGGCCUGUCAUCGGACACUUUGUAUACUGCAAAGGAGGUGUGUACCACCAAGAACCACGAACGUUUGUUGGAUGGAUUUAGAACAACUCCGUCAGGCCAUUCAAGUGAAAGUUUCGCAGGACUGGGUUAUUUAUAUUUUUGGCUAUGUGGCCAACUUUUGACUGAAUCACCACUGAUGCCCUUAUGGAGGAAAAUGGUGGCCUUUCUGCCAUUGUUAGGAGCCGCACUAAUUGCUCUCUCUAGAACUCAAGAUUACAGACAUCAUUUCGUCGAUGUAAUUCUAGGGUCUAUAUUGGGUUAUAUAAUGGCACACUUUUUCUAUAGAAGAACUUUUCCAGCCAUUGAUGACCCUCUUCCGUUCAAACCAUUGAUGGAUGACUCAGAUGUCACUCUGGAGGAAGCAGUCAGCCGUCAGAGGAUCCCGGAUGAGGAACUACAUCCUUUGUCCGACGAAGGCGUCUGA